AUGAAGCUCUCCGUGGCCAUCCUCUGCCUGAUGGGCGCUGUAGCCACCUUCCCCACCCAGGUGCUUGCUCAGCCAGAGGCACUGGCCUCCCCAGGCACCUGUUGCUACGAAGUCAACAAUCAGGAGUUUUCUGCGAAGAGGCUGGUGAGCUACAAAAGAAUCACCAGCAGCAGGUGUCCUAUGGAAGCUGUGCUCUUCAAGACCAUACGUGGAAAGGAGGUUUGUGCUGAUCCCAAAGAGAAGUGGGUCCAGAAUAUCAUUACCACCCUCGACAAGAAAACUCAAAGGUCAAGUCUUUCCACCAAGACCCAAAAAACUACCACAAACAAAAAAAUCACGACAACCUCAAGAGUCACCACAACCUCAGAAACCAUAAAGAUCCAAGAAACUACCAACGCCUUUCAAAAUGUCAUAGCCCCAGAAACUACCACAGUCCCCCACAAUUCCACAGCCUUAAAAACUGUCACAGCCCCCCAAAAUGACACCCACAACCCAAGAAACAUCUAA